UCAGUUCAUACCAACGUCCGACCGCGACACCACUAUCGCACUGUUGAGUAAACAAAUCCUUUAAAGUCUAGUGUUUUCUCAAAGUUUGUGUCCUAAUGUGUUAGUGCCAUGGAUCACAGGAGAUAUAGGAGGGACAGCUAUCAAGACAUCGCCGGCGGAGACAUCGAGUUAUCGAACAUUAACUACCCAGCUCAGCGGGCGUCGUGUACACAGCGUAGCAGGCUUGGACUUCACUACCUCUGGUACCGCGCGAAGAGAUGGCGACGAAUGGAUGAAGACGAGGCGACGGCGUCAGGCGUGUCUGAGGGCCCGGGCGGCGCGGCGGGCGACCAGGCCAACCGCAUCAUCUUUGUCAACCGGCCGCAGCCGCAGAAGUUCGUCAGCAACACAAUAUCCACCGCCAAGUACAGCGUGCCGUCUUUCGUGCCGCUGUUCCUUUUCGAGCAGUUCCGCCGCUACUCGAACUGCUUCUUCCUGCUGAUCGCGCUGCUGCAGCAGAUCCCCGACGUGUCGCCCACUGGCCGUUGGACCACGCUCACUCCCCUCGUCCUCAUCCUCACCGUCAGCGCCAUCAAGGAGGUCGUCGAGGACUUCAAGCGGCAUCGAGCGGACGAUGAGACGAACCGACGCAAGGUGGAGGUGCUGCGCGGCGCCACCUGGCAGCUGGUGCGCUGGCAGCGGCUGCAGAUCGGUGACAUCUGCCGCGUCCUCAACAACCAGUUCUUCCCCGCGGACCUCGUGCUGCUCGCCUCCAGCGAACCCCAGGGCAUAUCGUUUAUCGAAACGUCAAACCUGGACGGCGAGACGAACCUGAAGAUCCGUCAGGCCACGCCUGAGACCGCACGGCUCGACAACCUGGCCGCGCUGGCCGACUUCCAGGCCACCAUACAGUGCGAGCCCCCCAACAGGCACCUGUACGAGUUCAACGGCAUGCUCAAGGAGACCAACACCAGGUCGGUGCCGCUGGCGCUGGACCAGAUGCUGCUUCGCGGCGCGCUGCUGCGCAACACGGCCUGGGUGCACGGCGUAGUCGUCUACACCGGACACGAGACCAAGCUCAUGAUGAACUCGACCAAAGCGCCCCUGAAGCGGUCGUCGAUCGACAAGCAGACGAACACACACAUCCUGAUGUUGUUCAUGAUCCUGCUGGCGCUGUCGCUGCUGAGCGCCGGCUGCAGCGAGCUGUGGGUGCGCGCGCGCCACGCCAACACCGACUGGUACCUCGGUCUCGACGAGGCGCAGAAUGCAAAUUUUGGAUUUAAUUUUUUAACCUUUUUGAUCUUAUACAACAAUCUUAUACCUAUAUCAUUGCAAGUGACGGCGGAAAUCGUACGAUUUUUUCAAGCCAAGUUCAUUGCGAUGGACGGCGAGAUGUACCACGCGGAGUCCGACACCCCCGCCCUCGCCCGCACCUCCAACCUCAACGAGGAGCUGGGCAUGGUCCGCUACGUCUUCAGCGACAAGACCGGCACCCUCACCUGCAACGUCAUGGACUUCCACAAGUGCUCCAUCGCAGAGAUAAUUUACAACCGGCCGGGACCCAACGAGAAGCUGGAAGACACGCUGCUGUACCAGAACCUGCAGCGCAACCACCCCACUGCGCCCGUCAUCCGCGAGUUCCUCACCAUGCUGGCCAUCUGCCACACCGUCAUACCCGAGGUGGUCGACGGCAAGAUCAACUACCACGCCGCCUCGCCAGACGAGCGCGCGCUGGUGAUGGGCGCGGCGGCGUUCGGGUACGUGUUCGAGACGCGCACGCCGGAGGGCGUGGCGGUGCGGCUGGGCGCGGCCGGCCCCGCCUCCUUCGCCGUGCUGCACGUGCUCGCGUUCACCUCCGCGCGCAAGCGCAUGUCCGUGAUCGUGCGCACGCCCGCCGGACAGAUCCGGCUGUACUGCAAGGGCGCGGACUCCGUCAUCUACCCGCGCCUGGCCGGCGGGCCGCAGCACGCGCGCUACGCCCAGGCCACGCUGGCGCACCUCGAGCACUUCGCCGCCGAGGGCCUGCGCACGCUCGUCUUCGCCGUCGCCGACAUACCCGACCACGUCUACGCGGACUGGUCAAACACCUACCACAAGGCGAGCAUCGCGAUACAGGACCGCGAGCGGAAGCUGGAGGAGGCCGCGCUGCUCAUCGAGAACAACCUGCGCCUGCUGGGCGCCACCGCCAUCGAGGACAAGCUGCAGGACGGCGUGCCGGAGACGAUAGCGGCGCUGCUGAAGGCCAACAUCAACGUGUGGGUGCUGACCGGCGACAAGCAGGAGACCGCCAUCAACAUCGCGCACUCCGCCCGCCUCAUACACGCCGCCAUGCCGCUCGUGCUGCUCAACGAGGAGAGCCUCGACGGCACGAGGGAGACGCUGUCCCGCCACUGCGCAGACUUCGGCGACAACCUGCGCAAGGAGAACGACGUCGCGCUCAUCAUCGACGGCAAGACCCUCAAGUACGCGAUGGGCUGCGACCUCAAGAAGGACUUCCUCGACCUCUGCCUCUCCUGCAAGGUCGUCGUCUGCUGCAGGGUCUCCCCCAUACAGAAGGCUGAGGUGGUGGAGCUGGUGUCGCGGGCGACGGGCGCGGUGACGCUGGCCAUCGGCGACGGCGCCAACGACGUGGCCAUGAUCCAGCGCGCCUCCGUCGGCGUCGGCAUCUCCGGCGUGGAGGGCCUGCAGGCCGUCUGCGCCUCCGACUACAGCAUCGCGCAGUUCCGCUUCCUGCUGCGGCUGCUGCUGGUGCACGGCGCCUGGAACUACUCGCGCAUCAGCAAGCUCAUCCUCUACUCCUUCUACAAGAACAUCUGCCUCUACGUCAUCGAGCUCUGGUUCGCGAUAUACUCCGCCUGGUCCGGACAGAUCCUGUUCGAGCGCUGGACCAUCGGCUUCUACAACGUGAUAUUCACGGCGCUGCCGCCCUUCGCCAUCGGACUCUUCGACAAGCUGUGCUCGCCCGAGAUCAUGCUGAGGCACCCGGUGCUGUACAUCCCGUCGCAGCAGGGGCUGCUGUUCAACGUGCGCGUCUUCUGGAUCUGGGCGGUGAAUGCGCUGCUGCACUCGGUGCUGCUGUUCUGGCUGCCGAUGCUGCUCGCCAGCCACCACGUGCUGUGGCCCAGCGGCAAGGACGGCGGCUACCUGGUCGUCGGCAACUUCGUCUACACCUACGUGGUGCUGACGGUGUGCCUGAAGGCGGGGCUGGCGACGCACUCCUGGACCUGGGUGACGCACGUCUCCAUCUGGGGCUCCGUCGCCCUCUGGUUCCUCUUCAUACUCAUAUACAGCAACGUGUACCCGGUGGUGGGCGUGGGCGCGGUGAUGCGCGGCAUGGACCGCAUGGUGUUCAGCUCGCUGGUCUUCUGGUUCGGCCUGCUGCUCAUCCCGGUCGCCGCGCUGGUGCCCGACCUCGUCGUCACUGUCAUCCACAACUCUGCGUUCAAGUCGAUGACGGAGGCGGUGCGCGAGAGCGAGAUCAAGAAACGCGAUCCCGCCGCGCUCCUCGCACACCCGCGACACUCAUCAGCUAGCGUGUCCGACGCGUGGACGUCUAAGUACUAGUGUAAGUGCUCUGCGCUCGCCGGACUGACGGCUUCCAAAGAUAAGCUAAGCCAAGCCAUCCUUCUAGUAUUGAAGUAGUUAAUGUUUGUAUGUCUCCAUAUUGUAUUGUACUGUUGCUGAUCAUUGUUCCAGUACUAUCAGUUAUAUCGUUUAAAUACGACUUACCAUAUUGUGAUGUAAUGGCAUUUCUUGUUGCAAAAUAAGUAUAUUUGUACGACAUUUUUGAAUUUAGCAGUAGUUUGAAGAGUUACGUAUUUAUACAAAUGAGCAAAGUUACAAUUUAAAAAAGAAUUAUUAUAAUAUUGUCUGUUGUCUCAUUAAUAUAGAAAUAAUUUUUAAUGUAUUUAUUACUUAGUACUGGUUAAUGGAUAAAAAUAACAUUAUGGGUCCCAGGCGGGCUCCCUGAGGUACUCCGCUGGUAUUAUUGUUAUUAUUAAUAUAUUUUAUGUGAAGUAUUAAUCUAAAUAUCUUCAGUGUGGUUGCCUUGUUUAUUAAUUUGUUUAAAAAUUAAUAUUCAGAAGUUUGAACAUCAAACAUACCAAAAUGUUGGAGGUAACUUGAAUCAAAUGCUUCUCUAACAUCCAUCAUUUGCAUUUAUUUUAUGUUUUGUACAUACUAUACUAUACUAUACUAUCGCAGUACAAUACAUAUAUUUUCUUAUAUUUCUUUAGUAUUUUGUAAAUAUACAUUCCGUCUUAAAAAGGCUGUUUUUGUAUGAGAUGUCUCAAACGUAGUAUUUUGUAUUUCUCGUAGUCGUGACUUGUUGUACUUAACACACUUUGUGUACGCUAGUUAUAAAAUAAAAUACAAAAGAGGUUUUUAUAUGCAAUGGUUUGUUAUAUUGUAAAUCUGUUUGUGUAGAACACAAAGUGAGUACACAAUAAGUUUAUGGAAUAAUUCAGUGUGACGUAGCUCCUGUACAUUGUGGAGGAAAUUCAUUGUAAGAUGUAUCAACUAUCUGCUUAUAUUCGCUUCUUAGUUACAACUUCAUCACACAUUCUAUUAUUUUGUUUUUAACAUUUCCGCACUUUCCAUCAGUCAUUCGACGAUUUCCACUAUUUUGAAAUAAUUACCCGAGAUUCUUUCAAUAGUAGAUUUCUCAUCGUAUUAAAUUCUAUAUGUUCAUUAAACAUUGUACUUUAGAAAAGGCUAAGGCCAAUAAACAUUUGCACCUCGUUUAGUUACGAGUUAGAAGUAAGGACAUGGAGGUGUGCCCCCAUUCCUUGCGUACAACGCAUUUUGAUUGUACAGAUUUGUUUAUUUUACUUGUGCGUAUUAUUUGUGUAUAGCGAUGAUAUGAGACGGACAUCUGAUGAACAGAUGUAGUGAUGCUGCGUCUCACUAAACUAUUGUUAUUUAUAAGAGAGCUCUAUUGCUACUGUUUGUAUUUAUUAUUUUUAUUUAAUAAAAGUGUUGAAAAUUAACUUGUGUGUAAAUCAGUCUUAUUAACUUUUUUACAAUGUCGACUCCAACAAUAUCCACGUCGUAUGUAUACUUUAACCUAUAUAAAUGACAAAAUUAACAAAUGUCUCCAUUAUCCGUUAUGAUAGAUUAUAGAUAAAUUAUGUACCGUUUUGCGAUCAUUGGUAAAC